AUGCAAAAGAUGAGCAAUUCAACAGAAACGGAAAUUGAUAAACCUUCAUCCACAUCAAGAAUCCUGAGAGAAAAUCAAAGAUUAUUACUUCGCAUAAACUCCCCUGAAUUCUCACUCUACAAUUGCAUAGAACUGCUCUACAAACACUCAGACAAUAUCGGGAUCCAUUACUACCUAUGUCAACGUCUUCUCACAUUCCCACAUUCUGAAUUACAAUUCUAUAUCCCACAAUUAGUGCAAGUCCUGCUCACGGUGGAGACAGAAUCCAUGGCCCUGGAAGAUCUCCUCAUGCAAUUGAAGAAUGAAAACCCACAUUUCGCAUUAUUGACAUUCUGGCAAUUGCAAGCUUUGCUCACUGAUCUAUCCACGGAUCCGGAAUCAUACGGGUUUCAAGUCGCCAGAAGAGUCCUGAACAAUUUACAAUCUUCAUUGUUUAAUACUAGCAUUACAGAUGAUGAAUCUAAACAAACGAAAAUGCAUGAAAAUGUCGCUCCGGCAUUAGUGUUGAUGUCCAUGAUGAUGUCCACCAUGGCAUUACCACAAUUGAGCGAAAUGACCAAACCAUUGGUGGAAUCACAGGGGAAAAGACAAAAAUCUUAUGUGUUUAAGAUCGCUAGAAAUGCCAUUAAGAAUUUUACGAAAAAUAUUACCAUGAAGAAUACUUUGCGUAAUAAAUCUUCCAAUUCCACAUCGAAAAGAUCAACAGCAACACCACCAACAACAUCAUCUUCCACUUCCUCGUCAGCAUCUCAAAUGCAACCGCACCCCAUGUAUACAUCCACAACACCAACAUCGCCGGUGGAUCUUGUCGAUGUAACCAUGACGAAAGAGGACGUCUCCUUCAGGAAACAAAAAUCAAUAGAAGAACAUGCAUUGAAUUUCGAUAUAGUGGACGAUAUAGGAGACCAAGUCUUCGAUGAUAAAAUCUUGUCCUCCAUUAAAUUACCCAAGAGAAGAUCCAAAUUCAUUGAUGAUUCAUUUGUACAUAGAACAUACGACGAGAUAAGUAUGACACAAGCACCUAAUGGAGCCAAACAUAACCCCAAUCUCGAUCCAUCAUAUGAAAUUGAUGAGGAAUCUACCAUUAACGACAAUAACAAGACAAGACCAGAAUUAUCUAAAAUUACAGAUCAAUUCACGAACUCAAUGCCAGAUUUACAUCAACCUGCAAGACGAUCAGAUUCAUUUGCACGUCAUAAUACAAAAAUCUUUCGUACAAAUACGCAACCUGGUGGUGUACCACUAGCCUCCGAUUUUAAUAAUUCUAAACAAUUAUCCAAAUUACGCAGUACCAAUAAUCUGGUAGAUAUUACUAAGAUAUCUACACCAAAGAAAAUUAAAUUAUUAAAGGCUAAUUAUUUCCGUUGUGAAACUCAAUUCGCCAUUGCAUUGGAAUCAAUAUCACAAAGAUUAGCACAAGUCCCUACAGAGGCAAGAUUAAGUGCUUUGAGGGCAGAAUUAUCAUUAAUGAACAGAGACUUACCUGCAGAAGUGGAUAUUCCCACAUUAUUACCACCUAAUAAGAAGGGUAAAUUACAUAAAUUGGUAUUGAUUACCGCAAAUGAGGCACAAGUAUUAAACUCAGCAGAAAAGGUCCCAUAUUUACUAUUGAUUGAAUAUUUAAGAGAUGAAUUUGAUUUUGACCCAACUAGUGAAGAAAAUGAAGAGUUCUUGAAACAUAGUGACAAGAAGGGAGACUUAUUAUUUGAUUUAAAUUAUAUGAGCAAGAAAAAUGAUAGUAAAGAUGACAUUGUCACAUUGAUUCCAACUUCUCAAUCUGAGAGAGAAUUUUCCAAUACAAGUUAUGAUAGUGCAUUGGCAUCACCUUCUGAUGUUUCAUUACCAGAAUCCGUUCAAUCUAACGGCAAUAAUAAUAUUAUGAGUAGCAGUACUUUCAAUGCAUCUAAGGAAAUGGAUUUAGGUGAUAUAUCCAUGAUUAGAGUGAAAAACCAAACUGAUGCAGAAGCUUUUAGAAACUCUGUGGUAUUGAAAAGUGCAGCAAAAGUACCCGUAAUACCAAGAGAUUCACAAGAUAGAAAUCCUGAUUUAACUUUUGUCAAAAACUUGGAUGGAUUAAUGUUUAAGAGAACUAGAGGUAAUUCCAGAGAUAUCCAUGAUGAGACUGAUGAGUUAGCUGAACAAAUGAGAGUUUCUGCAUUAAUGUUGGGACAAUUAGAUGAUCAACCUCCAGAACUAUCGGAUUCUACUAAUCAAAUUCGUGCACAGAUUAUUGCAUCAAUGAAAGAAGUUCAAGACAAAUUCGGUUAUACCAAUUUAGAAGCCCUUCAUGGUGCUGCUGGUGAACGUAAAUUGAAAAACGAUUUAUUGACCGGUGGUAUAGAUUCUUCAUAUCUUGGUGAAGAUUGGACUACCAAGAAGGAAAGAAUCCGUAAAACUUCAGAAUAUGGCCAUUUAGAGAAUUGGGAUUUAUGUUCAGUGAUUGCCAAAUCAGGUGAUGAUUUAAGACAGGAAGCAUUUGCAUGUCAAAUUAUUCAGGCAAUGGCACAAAUCUGGGUUAAGGAGAAAGUGGAUAUCUGGGUGAAGAAAAUGAAAAUUUUGAUUACCAGCGCCAACACAGGUUUAGUGGAGACAAUCACAAACGCAGUUUCAGUCCAUAGUAUUAAGAAGUCUUUAACGAAGAAAAUGGUAGAAGAUGGUGAAUUGGAUGAGAAAAACGGAAUUGCCAGUAUUAGUGAUCACUUCAUUCGUGCUUUUGGUGAUCCAAAGGGAUUUAAAUAUAAACGUGCACAGGAUAACUUUGCAAGCUCGUUAGCUGCGUAUUCUCUUAUCUGUUAUAUUUUACAAGUUAAGGAUAGACAUAAUGGUAAUAUUAUGAUUGAUAAUGAAGGACAUGUGGUUCAUAUUGAUUUUGGAUUUAUGUUAUCUAAUUCCCCGGGGUCAGUUAAAUUUGAAGCAGCUCCAUUUAAAUUAACAUAUGAAUACGUGGAGGUUCUUGGUGGUACCACAGGCGAACCAUACAAAAAAUUCGUAAGAUUAACCAAAGACGCAUUUAGAGCAUUAAGAAAAUAUUCGGACCAAAUUGUUUCGAUGUGUGAGAUUAUGCAAAAGGAUAAUAUGCAACCGUGUUUCCAAGCUGGUGAUCAAACUAGUGUUCAACUAAAACAAAGAUUUUGCAUGGAAAUCCCGGAUGAGGAAAUUGACGACUUUGUUGAGAACAUUCUAAUAGGCAAAUCGCUGGGAAGCAUUUAUACAAGAGGUUACGACCAAUUUCAAUUGAUCACCCAAGGGAUUUACAGCUGA